ACUGUUGCACUCAUCAAGAGGCUCGCUGCUUCCCGGUGUGUUCCUCGUCCCGAGCCGAUGGCUCGAGGGACGACGGAGCGUUUCAGUAGUAAACACCAGUUGGCGUAAGACAGUGUCGGAUGGCUGUCAUCGUCCUGCGGUCGCUACCACGAUACGUGAUGUAUGUACAAUCAGGCGGUGGUGUGCGUACGCUAACCGCGUGUGUAUCAAUGUUCGUUUCUUAAGAGACUUGCACGGGUAUUCGUGCAUACAAACGUGCAUGCGUGCAUGCGUGCGUGCGUACGGAAGCUUAUUUGCCCUCGUGCUUUGAAGUAGUCGUGACGACGCGUUGUUAUAUACUUACUUGUGGCAUUGCCCACUACGUUUAUCGAAAGUGUACACCGUUAUUACUUUUACAUAUUCAAUUCAACGUUACACCUGUUCUCUCUGGUCCUGGUGUCGUUCACCGAGGUGUCUGGUUGCCCCAACGUCACAACUUUCUGUCUAUCCGACGAAAUCGAUGCAAAGUGGAUGUUGAGGUGAAAGAGUAGCGAGGUGUGGUUGACAGGUGGAAAAGAGUCGAAGUUCGCGAGAUAGCACCACGCGUCACGCAGGGGUGGUGGGUCUAUGGGGGGCUCCGCCCCAGCGGCCCCCCGGCGCCAGUCCAAACGGAAACUGCCGGAACGGUGCUAUCCUGGCAAGGUCCAAGACCGCCCCGCUUCCGGUACCACCGUCAAAACGGAUGAAGAGCCCCUCCAACAUCAUGAGGCAGUCUAGCCUCACCAAGCUUGGCUCCAUGAUCAAUACCGCCGUGAACAAGAGAGUCGGCAAUGGUGACAUACAAUGGUGUUUCUCUCAGGUGAAAGGAACAUUAGAAGACGAUGUCACUGAAGCUGAUAUAAUUUCAUGUGUUGAAUUUAACCAUGAUGGUGAUCUUCUUGCAACAGGAGAUAAAGGUGGUCGGGUUGUUAUUUUUCAAAGAGACCCAGUUAGUAAAAACAGUAUACCUCGGAGAGGUGAAUACAAUGUAUACAGCACCUUUCAAAGUCAUGAACCUGAAUUUGAUUACCUGAAAUCAUUAGAAAUAGAAGAAAAAAUUAACAAAAUUAGAUGGUUAAAAAGAAAAAAUCCAGCACAUUUUUUACUUUCCACAAAUGAUAAAACAAUUAAAUUGUGGAAAGUCAGUGAACGAGAUAAAAGAGUAGAAGGUUAUAAUACAAAGGAAGAAAAUGGUACAAUUCGUGAUCCUGCUUGUAUCACUUCUUUAAGGGUUCCAACUAUAAAACCAAUGGAAUUAAUGGUAGAAGCAUCUCCAAGAAGAAUAUUUGCCAAUGCGCACACCUAUCACAUAAACAGUAUAAGUGUCAACAGUGAUCAGGAGACAUACCUCAGUGCUGAUGAUCUUAGAAUUAAUCUUUGGCAUCUUGAGAUCACAGAUCAGAGUUUUAAUAUAGUAGAUAUUAAGCCAACUAAUAUGGAGGAGCUAACUGAAGUAAUAACCGCUGCGGAAUUUCACCCGGCAGAAUGUAAUGUCUUGGUAUAUAGUAGUAGUAAAGGAACGAUUAGACUCUGUGACAUGAGAUCUGCUGCGCUUUGCGACCAACAUAGUAAACUCUUUGAAGAACCAGAAGAUCCAACAAAUAGAAGUUUCUUCUCCGAAAUCAUUUCCAGUAUAAGCGAUGUAAAACUUAGUAAUUCAGGAAGAUAUAUGAUCAGUAGAGACUACCUCAGUGUGAAAGUGUGGGAUUUACAAAUGGAAACAAGACCUAUUGAAUGUUACCCUGUACAUGAAUACCUAAGAUCAAAGUUAUGUUCAUUAUAUGAAAAUGAUUGUAUCUUUGACAAGUUCGAAUGUUGUUGGAGUGGUAAUGAUUCUGCUAUUAUGACGGGUUCAUACAAUAAUUUCUUCAGAGUAUUCGAUCGUACGACUAAACGUGAUCUCACAUUGGAAGCAGCACGUGACAUUGCCAAACCAAAAACACUUUUAAAACCACGUAAAGUUUGUACUGGCGGUAAACGUAAAAAAGAUGAAAUUAGCGUUGACUGUCUUGAUUUCAAUAAAAAGAUAUUACAUACUGCUUGGCAUCCAUCUGAAAAUGUAGUAGCUGUUGCUGCUACAAAUAAUCUCUUCCUAUUUCAAGACAAACUCUAGCACAUCUGUAUGCAAAUCAUUCAACGGUAUAUGUUGACGUGAGCAAGGCACGUUCAACUAAAAAGUCCCAGUGGAACAAGGGGUGUCUGAAUUACACUGACGAAAGUUGACUAUUUUAUAUAAUAGUUGACUGACUGAAAAGUGGUGUACGUAGCGCCGUCCACACAGCUCACAUAUUCAUACACACUAUGUAUACACAGAGGCAUACAGAAUUGCACGUAACACCUUGUCGCGCGUAUAUAUGUGUAUAAAUACAUGCAAGCAAAGACGCAUAGUUCUCCAAACUAUUAAAUUCCGCUAGUUAAAAUAAAAUGCACGGAAUCAUUGCCUAUUGAUGAAGAGAAAUGUACAGUUUAAUCAAUCAAUAGACUCGUGUUGGCGGUUAUUAUUUAACUAUUCUAAUAGAAAAUUAAUACUUUCAGUUUGCUUGUAUCAUAGAAAUUUUGAUACCGUACAACUUAAAGUGUUUUUUAAUAUAGGUGAUUUUUCUACGUAUGGAAUGAUAUAUAUAAAAGGAAAUGCAUCAGUAGGACCAAGUGCAGAUAGAAUUAAAAGUCAUUAGAUGCGAUAAAUGUAUCCCAAUAAUUAUAUAUCUUUGCUUAAUAAUUUUCCAAAGUAAAAAUGCCUAGAUAUGCAAAAUUAAAUAUAGGGAUGAUUAUAUGUGCCAAUGAGAUUACAGAUUUACAACUCAUUUAUUCUAAUCUUAAUUUAAUAUUCUUUGUUCGGUAAAUUUUUGCGCAGUAAAAUUUUAAUUAUUUUAAAAUAAAAAUUUUUUUUAUCGAUAACUGAUCCUGAUAUUUAUCAAAUCUAUUGCUGAUAUUAAAAUAUUUUCAUAAUUGUUGCAUUUAAAGUAUACUAUUAAAUAUAUAAAAAAAAAAAAAUCGAAGCUUUCGAUAAUUUUAAUUAGUCGUUUAUUUUUAUUACCUACUAAAAAAAAAAAAAAUUAAAUAGUAGGCCUAUAUUCUUGUGUCCUUAUUUUUUUGAGUAAAAUAUCACAUAUACAUGGCAUGUCAGUUAAAGACAAAUAUUCGCCGAUACGAGUCAAAAUAUAAAAAGACAAGACAAAUUCACCGUCUAUUAAAAGUUCGGAGAAAAAUUAAUAUCAAUGCAUUGUAUACACUAAACAGUAAAUGAUAUAGGUGUAAAGCACCAUUCAUCAGUUGCCGCUUUCUAAUAAAAAAAAAAUAAAUAAAUAAAUAAAAAAAACUCAAUAAAGAAAUAUAAAGAAGUUGUGGUAACUAUAAGUGGAAUACAGAUUUUCUAAUAUUUCUUAUUGACAACUUAUUAACACUUAUACACUUACACAUAUAAGCAGCGAUUUCGUACACGAAUAAAAAUAAAAUAAAAAAGUGCAUUUGACGAUGGUAAGCUGCGCUUGCAGAGUUUAUGUAAAUUAAAUAUGUGCUGAGUAAUAUAUAUAUAUAUAUAUUAUAUAUAUAUAUAUAUAUAUUAGCGGAAUAUAACGUCAAAAUUACGUAAAAUCUAUGGAAAAUAAAAUUCGAUUAUGUGAUUCAAACAUACGCGCGGAUUAUCGAUUGCGAUCAAGGUGAAUAAAAUUGGACAUUUUUUUUAUCGAUGAAAACCAAUAGCAAAAAUUAUCUUAGUGACAUGUACUUUACAUUAAUGACUUAAAUUGUACAUGAUCGAGAAUUAGAAUUAAUAAUUUUCACGUGUACAGAUAAGAAUUCUUGAGUCACAAGCAAAUAAACGACUUACAAUACAAGCAAUCAUAUAAUUUUAUAUAAAAAAAAAUAAUAUAUAUAUAUAUAUGAUCGCUAUGCUAAAACAGUUCUAAAAGAUUCGUUCUCUCCCAUCUCCUAAUUUCUAAUCACUUCUCCGAAAGAUCUGCUAUAUGGCCAAAAAUAAAACACACGUGAUAUGAAAAAUUAUUUUAAAUUAUGCGCUUUGAAUGAUUUCAUUUAAUCAUAUUCUUAUUCAAAUAAUAUUAAAUCUUAAGUUUUAAAUAUCAGAAAUAAUAAAUUAGGUAUUUUAUGCGUUGAAUUUCGAAAUCCAAUUUAAUUUAAAAAUAUAAUAUUAUAUAUUAUCACGUUUCUUGCAAUGUAGUUUUCAAGUGUCUAACAAAAAAAGAAAAAACAUUUAAGAAAUUUAGUUGCCCUGUUUCUAUAUUAACGCAAAAGCAAUAAUAAAAGAAAAAAAAUAAUCUUUAUAACUUUAUGCAAUACAACGCAUGAAACGUAAUAAUUAUGUACCAAACCAGAACUAUUAUUCAGUAUCUUUGUAACAAGAUGUUUAGACAAUUGAAUGUUCAUGAAAGAAAGGAAGCGAAAAGACGCACGAAAAUUAAAAAUUAAAAAAUCAUAAUUGAUAAGCUAUAAUAGUAAUUUGUUUUCAAAAAGAUAUAAGCGAAGAAACCGUGAAAUUCGUUCUAAUCGAACAAAACGUAGACUUAUUUUUACAAUUAAGUAAUAUUAAUAUUAUUACUGCUAUUAUUAUAAUUAUUAUUAUUAUAAUUAUUACUAUUAUUAUUGAUAUUAUAGGGACUCUGCGUAACUUGUUUAUUUUGUUAACUGCUAUGCAGGUUUAGUCACGGUGAUGACGACUUGAUCUGUUCGGUAAAUUAGAUAGCAUGAUGAUAUAAUUAAUUACAAAUCGUGUUUGAUUGACCGGAAUAAAAUGAUACUUGUUCGCGCAGUAAAAAGUUUUACGGAAACCGUUAUAUUCCGAAACACUUGAAGUAUGCAACGAAGAGCCCGGGGCUCCCGUUAGAUCCUUCUUAAAAUAUUUGUAAAAUCGAAUGCUAACGGGAUCGAUGAAUAUGAGACAAAUGAAAUAUAACAAACUAUCAAAAACAAUGGAUUCAAACUAUAUUGAUUCAAACUAACUAGGUAUAAAGUUUAUUUAAAAGGAAAUGCAAUUUGUAUCCGCUUGCUUGAUAUGUGAGGUGAAAUGGAGGUCUCGUAUGUAUGGAUCCCUUUCAAAAAACAUUUUGAAUAUUAAAAAAUGCCUUACAACUGGUCGUAUCAUCGCUGCAUCCGUGCAUCGGACAAUCCGAAUUGAAAUAAAUGAAGAUAAAAAAAAUCGCUGAGCAGAGUAGAAUUUUGGCACGCAGGACCUGUCUCGUUGUGAUAUAAUAAACGUCAUUGUAUUACUAGCCGAAUGUUGAAGCUCUAUUUUUAUUAAGGUACCAUGUAUUAUUAGUCCAUACUUAGCGAUUUUAUAGUGAAUACAUAUAUAUCUUUUUACCUGUCUUGCGUGAAAUACAAUGAAACAAAAUUCCAAUAGCGAGACUCAAAAUAUUCGGAAGUUUAUUUGUAUAAGAUUUAUCUAAGAUUAAUUAUUUUUGAGUAUUUUUCUUAACUUUACUAUUCUAUGAUUCAUUUCUUCUCGCUAAAACACGCAAUUAGGUAAAAAGAACAAUUAUGGUAUCCAUUGUCAAGUUAAGAUGAAUCGUGCCAUAGAAUAUUAUGCGUAAAGAAUACUGUCAUUUUUACUGUCUGUUUUAUAUUGUAUUCUAUUAUCUUUUCAGCGGAAAAAAACAAAUCGAGAAAAAAACAUUUGAGUUCUUUUCGAGAUUUCCAAAAUUAAUUACGUCUGUUUGCACGGUACAGAUCUUUACGAGAAAUUUACGCUACAAAAAUGUAAAAGAUCACAGAACUGAUGUAACUUGAAGAAAGCGUAAGGCAUCUAGAUAGUGAGAAGAAUGAUGUAAAGCAUAAAUGAGAAAAUAAUGAGCAAAACUGUCGAAA